AAAAAUAUAGAAUAGUUUCUCGUGGUGUUUAUGAUCUCCAACCCAAUACAAACCUAUCGACCUUGAGGAAUCAGUAGUAAUUCGUAGAAGCUGAGAACCGGGCUGAGAGGCACUAUCCAUUGUAGCAAUGAUCAAUUGAAUGAGACAGGGUUUCCCAACAAAUUCCAUGUCUCACAUUCUGAAUGGCCAUUUUCCUGCUCUGAAUGACCAGCAUGGGCGAUCUCCAUUCCCGAAAUCAAGUUGAACGAAAGUCACGUUCACGCCAAGCCGAUCACGGCACCGCCAUCCCGCAUGCCCAUCACUUCCCACGGCCGCGCAGCUGACUGACCUUCGACGCUCAGACCGCGAGCGCAUGACCCCGCCCAUACAUCCCCCCGGCCCGCGACGCCAACCCUCGUGACGCGCGCCGCUCUUCGAAUGCUGCCGUAGUGCUCCCCAAGAACCCGCGUAUAAGGUGGUCACGUCGCACGCCACUGCUGCCUACCCCAUACCCCGCGAUGCCCACUGCACGCGUCCUCCUCCUGCCUCCGCUGCUCCUGUCGCUCCUCGCGGGGCCCGCGACGGCGCUUGCACCCAAGGGUCCGUGGGACAAGUUCAACUAUGCGCCAAAAUCAAAAACGGUGUACCCGGCGAAGGUGUACCAGACUGUCGGCACCGUCGACAGCGCCGAAAAUCUGCUUCUGGAGGGUGGGAAGAAGCAAAGUAAAGGGGAGUUGGUGGGUGCGGCGCUGUCAGAGGGAUCGUAUGUGACGCUGGACUUCGGUGUCGAGGUCGGCGGGCUCAUCUCGAUGAACAUCCUCCCUUCAAACAGUUCCACUGCCCCUUCCUUCUCCCUGUCUUUUACCGAGUCCCCGUCGUUCAUCCGCCCAACCGCCUCAGACGACUCGACGUUCCCAAACGCCACGACGCUGUACGACGGAAUCCUCCCCGUCACGGCCGCCGCGAGCACCACCUCCUCCUUCUGGACGCAACCUCCAACGGCUCUCCGCGGAGGAUUCCGCUACCUGACGAUCGUGUCCAACUCGCCGGCGCUGCAGAUCGCCAACGUGAGCACGGCCAUCUCGUUCAUGCCGCACUGGGGCGCGAACGACUUGCGAAACUACACGGGGUACUUCUACGCGAAGGAUCCGGGCUUCCAUGACGAGGACUUUUUGACCAAAGUGUGGAUGGGUGGAGCAUACACUGUGCAGACCAACACCGUGCCAGUCAACACUGGGCGGCAGAUCCCCAUGGUCUCAGUUGGACACUGGGCCAACAACGCGACCCUCGGCAUUGGGAGCCCCAUCAUCGUCGACGGCGCCAAACGCGACCGUGCCGUGUGGCCGGGCGACAUGGGGAUUGCCGUGCCGACGCAGUUCGUGUCAACAAAUGACCUCGUACCGACGCGCAACGCGCUGGGGACGAUGUUCACGCACAUCAACCCGACGACAGGCGCGCUGCCCGAGUCGGGCCCGCCGCUGAGCCAGCUGAACAGCGACACGUACCACUGCUGGACGCUCGUGGGCACCCACAACUACUGGCUGUACACCGGCGAUUUGGAGUGGGUCAGCGGGAUCUGGACGAACUACACCAAGGCUGUGGCGUACGUCGAGGGGAAAGUGAACGCGACGAAUGGGCUGAUGAAUGUCACGGGACUGCGAGACUGGGCGCGCCAAGGCGGCGGAGGAUUCAAUGCAGAGGGAAAUGCGAUUUUGUACAAGGUGCUGAUGACGGCCUCCGAACUCGCUGCGGCCAUGUCACUCCCCGAUCUCUCUGCUGCUUAUGCGACCAACGCGACUAACCUGAAAGCGGCUUUCAACAAAAACUUCUGGCUUCCUGAGGCCGGGAUGUACAAGGACAACCUCACCACGACGCUGACGCCCCAGGACGCCAACUCGUUUGCGAUCCUCUUCAAUAUCACCGACUCGCCGGAGAAGCCCGCUCAGAUCAGUGCCGGGCUGGAGAAGAACUGGAACGAGCUCGGCGCAGUUGCCCCCGAGCUCCCCAACACCAUAUCGCCGUUCAUCGGCGGAUUUGAGCUGCAAGCCCACUUUGUAGCUGGGAAUGCGACUCGCGCUCUCGAUCUGCUCCACCGCGAAUGGGGAUUCAUUCUCUACACGAAUCUGUCCGUGCAGAGCACCAUGCUCGAGGGCUUCACCGCGGUCGGCGGGCUGGACUACCGCGCCAUCGUCGGAUACAAUCACGAUCCAGCAUACACGUCCCACUCGCACGGCUGGUCGAGCGGGCCCACGUCUGCGCUCACGAUCUACGUCCUCGGGCUGUCUGUGACCAAGGUGCAGGGCUCUGAAUGGUCCUUCGCACCGAGUCUGGCGGGACUCCCCGCGGCGGAGGGCGGAUUCGAGACGCCGCUCGGCUGGUUCGGCGCUAAAUGGACGUGGAAUGGGAAGAAGUUUAGUGCCCAGUUGGAUGUGCCCGCUGGCACGACGGGGCUGGUCGUCUUGCCGAGUGAGGUGGCCGGGGGAUCCGUCCAGGUCGACGGGAAACGGGCACCGGCGUUUGAGGGGCCACACUUUACUUUGGCGGAUACGGUAACGCAAUCGACAUCUGAGAUAGUCAUCUAUCUCAUCCAUGUUCCCUGCCAUGCGUGCAAGCAAGAUCAGCGCCCAUGCCCAAUCUAUCGCACCCGAAGCCUGAUUGAACCAGCAUCUCAAACACCUCAAUCUCUCCUUGGGGGACUGGAGAAGCGACUCAUAAAUCUCCAUCGGUACAUGGUUCAGCCUCAUCUCCAUCUGCCGCGAUCGUUCUCGCGCCCAUCUACCCCCAUCGCAUUCCAGAACGCGUACUACGCCAGUCCACAGAUCCCCCAGUCCCCAUUCCUCCCCCCGUCACCGUAUCUCUAUCCACCAUCUCCCCGCACGGAUGCAGCGAUCCCAGUGCACGCAGCCGCAUCGCCCAAUGGGCACUCGCUGCUCGGGCUGCCCAUGACGCGCCGGGAGCGCACGGUGUCGUGGCACGCCCCGCGGGGGCCCGUCGCCUCGCCCGGUCUCCUGCACGCGCAUUCAUACGGCAGCCCCGCGGGGACCACCGUCAGCGAUCCCGGCGCGCAGGGCGGGUACCGCCCGAAGCACCGCAAAGCCAAGUCGUCCACGUCGUCGAUCCCGCUCCCACCCACUUGGGCCUUGUACCAGUCUCUACCGGGCGAGGGCGGCGACGGGAUCCUGCACGGACACCAGGUUCAUCCGCUCCUGCACGGAGGUGCGGUGACGUUCGAUGUGGCCCACAGCGCCUUCACUCCACUCCAUGCCGCGCCGCAAGCUCCCGGGGAGCCCAGCCAUACGCGAGCACUAUCGCAGGACGAGCUCAGCGAGGGCGCAUUCCACCCGCCGCGCACGUCCCUGCGGCUGGUUCUGGACGACUUUGCCGCACAGGACUGGGACAUCGAGCUCGCGCUGCCGGAGCCCGCGCCGCACCUCAACCCGGCGCUCGUCCUGAGCGCGACGUUCCGCGGGGAGACGCCGCGCUCGCCGCCGCCGCCGAUCACGCUCGGCGACAUUCUCGCCGCUGUGCACCACACGCUGCAUAAGCGCGUCGCGCAGGCGGACUGGGACGCGUUGGACCACGUGGCGCAGGCGGGUGUCGCACGUGCGUUUAGAAGACGGUGUCGUGCGGAGGCGCAGCGCCGUGGGGGUGCUGCGAGUGUGGAGGAGCGGGAGGCCGAGGAACAGAAAAAGGGGAUGAAGCGGGUCGAUUUCUUGCGUGAGAAGACGGCAUUUGGAGGAUUGAUCAGGGCGGAGGGGCUUGGCGGUGGUGUGGUCCAUGGGCCUCCUCGCAGGCUCAUACUUGACUCUUUCCACCUCCCUCGAAUGUCCGAUUUCCCAGAAACCUGGUGGAAAUCCGCGGUCGUCUACCAGAUCUACCCCGUCUCGUUCUCGGACUCGAACGGCGACGGACUAGGCGAUCUCCCAGGGAUCCUCUCGCGGCUGGACUACUUGAAGGAUCUGGGCGUCGAUGUGCUGUGGCUCUCGCCCAUCUAUCGAUCGCCGCUCGCCGAUAUGGGAUACGAUAUAUCGGAUUACUAUGACAUCGAUCCGCGCUAUGGUACGUUAGAGGACUACGACCGACUCGUGCAGGAGCUGCAUAGCCGUGGGAUGAAGCUCGUGAUGGAUUUGGUGGUCAACCACACCUCCGACGAGCAUAAGUGGUUCACGUCCAGCCGGUCGUCCAAGUCCGAUCCCAAACGCGACUGGUAUAUCUGGCGCCCACCGAAGUACGACGCCGCGGGGAACCGACGGCCGCCGAAUAACUGGAAGGCGGUUUUCCAAGGCUCGGUGUGGGAGUACGAUGAGGGCACGGACGAAUACUACCUUCACCUUUUUCUUGACAAGCAGCCCGACCUGAACUGGGAGAACCCGGAGGUCCGGAAAGCGAUCUGGAAAAUGAUGCAUUGGUGGGUGCAGAGAGGUUGCGAUGGGUUUCGGAUGGACGUGAUCAACCUCAUCUCGAAACUAGAGGGACUGCCUGAUGCGCCGAUAACGGUUCCCACCGACGAGCUGCAGGACGCGUCGACGCUGUUCGUCCAUGGCCCACGCGUGCACGAAUUUUUGAAGGAAAUGAAUCAGGAGGUUCUCUCCAAACACGAUCUAAUGACUGUUGGUGAAACGCCGUUCACCCACCCCACCGAAGAACUAGCGAAAUAUGUCCUCCCGGCCAACAAGGAGUUGCAGAUGGUGUUCCAGUUCGAGAUCAUGGACAUCGAUGGGCUGAAGAAACCCGGCAUGCGCUUCACGCACAAACCGUGGAAGCUGUCCGAAUUUCAGGCUGUCGUGGACAAGUGGCAGACCCUCGAGCAAGAGAACGGGUACUGGAAUGCCGUGUUCAUCGAGAAUCACGACCAGCCGAGAUCGGUGUCCCGCUUCGGCAACGACUCGGACGAGUGGCGCAGCUUGUCGGCUAAGAUGCUUGCCGUGCUGCAGACAACACUGAGCGGGACACUGUACAUCUACCAGGGCGAGGAGUUGGGCAUGAAGAACUUCCCGCGCGAGUGGGGCAUCGAGGAGUACAAGGAUGUCGCGUCGGUCAAUUGGUACAACGAAGUUCUCGAGAAGCGGCAGCGGGAGUCGGGAUCAAAGGAGGUCAAUAUGGAUGAUAUCAUGCACGGGCUGCAGCGAAAAGCUCGAGAUCACGCCCGUGUCCCGAUGCAGUGGGACUCGUCCGCGCACAGUGGCUUUACGACUGGCGAACCCUGGAUGCGCGUCAACGAUGAUUACUCCACAUGCAAUGUCGCUAGUCAAUCCGCCGAUGAAGGGAGUACCUUGGCCUUCUGGAAGGAAGCAGUGCGUCUCAGGAAGGCACACAAAGUUCUGAUCUAUGGCAGGUUCGAUUUGCUAUCCUCGGGGAAUGAAGCAGUCUUCGCCUAUACGCGAUCGUACGGCGGUGUUAAAGCACUCGUUCUCUUGAAUUUCACCGUCCAUGGUGUGGCAUACGAGGUUCCUGGAGAAGAAUGGAGCCCUUUCAGGUUUCUUUUGGGAAACUAUGGCCGAGAAGAACUAGGCACAAAGGUGGAACUCCGACCAUUCGAAGCUCGGGUCUAUAUCAACAAUGAAUAGAUAACGCGGUUAUGAGAUAACGAAGGUCUAAAAUGGGACAGUGCCUGCAGAAUUUGCUCCCAGGUAGACUUGGACCGUGUUCUUGACUUGUAUCUAAGG